ACUACAGAGCCUGAGCUUGCAUUGCUUACUGAAAUGCAUGAUUAAUUCUUUCUUAGCUGACUGACAAAGCAAAACAAGAGCGACACAUUUGGAACAGUGGAGGAGGCAAUGUGACAAUUCUUGUUUUAAGAUUCAGCAAAAAAACCCCCAAAAAACCGUCAGAUCUGAUUUGCUAUUUUCCAGCAUUAUACAAGAACCAAAAGACAGAUGGAAAGGAGUGCAAUCCCUCCGAAUACCCCAAAACUCAGUGCAGAAGAAGAUGCACUGGCACCUCAGGUACUGGAGAUUCUCAGUGGGAUCAAUCCUGAAGCCUUUGAGACCCUGAAGGAACCUGAAGAUAGAGAUGUGUGGUCACUGGAAGAGGGAGACGACUCUGUGUUUUACAGCGAUGAGGAGCAAGAUCAGCUGGACAUAAAAUCUACAGUAUCAGCUGGCAACAAGUGCAGACAUCUUGCCAACACUUUGUCAGAUGAACCUAACCAGCAGAAAGAGUAUAAGGCAGGGGAAGAAGCCAAUCCUGCCAAAGAAAAUUUAGACAUAGAAAGGGAAAUUACCCAACUUAUCACUUGGACCCAAGAAGAACCCCAAAAGCUCCAUACAGACAAAGCUAAACAGAUGCGUGGAUUAGACCCUGGGGAACCAGGUGCUGAUUCUCAACCACGUCCAGGACAGUUUGUGAGAACUUGUGAAGAUUUUCUGCAAUCACACUGCACAACUGCAGAAAUGCAAACACAACCUGAGCAAAAUGUAUUAGCAGAACAAGCAAAUCGACAAGUUAAAGAGGAAGAAGUGGAGCUACAGGCUCAGACACCAGACCUUAAGUCCUUUGAUGUACCUAAUGAGGAAGGAUACACAAGGCUGAAAAGGGAGAUAAAAUACCCAGGCCAGCUGUCUGGUGCUGAAUUUCAGAAAUCAAGUGCGGGUCAGCUUCAAGCGGAUCAGAAAACCGAGCAGGUCCAAAAAUAUAAUGUUCAAGUUGGGCUUCAUCAAAACCGCAGUCCGGGUUACUCCAGCCUGCCUCUGGUAAAGAAAUCUGGCUGCAGUGAGAGCCACCAGGAUUCAUUCAACCACCUCACAUCCUCCAAGUACAGCACCGUGUCCUAUCGCAGGAUCCGCAGAGGCAACACCCGUCAGAAGAUAGACGAGUUUGAGUACAUGAUAAUUAAUCAGUAAGAAUCUGGUAUGAAUGACUUUCUAAAGAAACCAUAAUAAAACAAAAAAACAAAAACAAAAUACCAAACUGUUAAUCUGUACUAUACACAGCUUACACAGAAAUAUCUGAUGUAACACCCCUGCGCAUGCAUUAACAGUUACUGUUAGGGUACUUUGUGUGUUUAGUCAUGAUUUGGAUCGAUAAGAGUGGAAACCUCUCAUGUUUGUACAGUAUAAUAUUAAGUUACUAGCUGCUAAUUUUAAAUUCCUCUGAAGUUACCCGAGUAGAUAAUUAUUAAGGUAUUUGUUUUUUACUAAAACACUGGCUAAUGGAGGGA